CUGCACUCUGUUUCUCGCUCGCACAAUUUCUACAUGUCUCUGUCGCUACGGCAACCAAUGCUUUUCCCCACUUCCAGGCUUUCUCCCUCUCUCCCACUCCCAUCUUCAGGGGCUUGAGAGAUGAUUGGAACGGCAAAGUCUCAGUGAAAAACCAGAAGCGAUGGAGCGAUGCUCCAUCUCUCCCCACAUUGGAUUCAUUCCCCUUUGGAGCUUCCUGCUGGUCACUGUCAUUUUUUGCACUGCCACCGGUGACACGAAUGACAGGAAGUUGGAGGAGCUUGGAGAGAUGCAGAUGCCCGUUACGGCGCAGGCCACCACCACUCAGCUCUGGGCGGUGGUCUGGGGUCCCACGCAACCGCCGGAGGAUGAAACGCAUCACUUCCUGUCCAGCCUGGAGACAGAGAGCCGGAAGAUGACCACGUCCGAGGACUUGUCACAUCAUCGGGGCCAGCCUGCCAAUCAGACCCAACAGCCAACGACAGGAGAGGAGGAGAGAAAAGAUACAGAGGAGCAGGAGACUCAAGAAGUGGACCCACAGUUUUACGUGACUGUGACGAUUUCAUCUCUGCUGAUCCUCUCCGCUGUCAUCAUCUCUGCUAAACUCUGUUACGACCGGAGCCUCUCUCAUCGUCCUCCUCCUCUCUCUCUCUCCAUCCCUCGCGCCAUAGCUCAGGAGGACAGCAGGCAGACACUGCACAGCACUCCAUCCUUCCCUGACAGAGAGAGGUAGUGUGUGUAUGUCUGUAAGACUGUGAGACAGAGAAGUACUUGUGUGUUGUCCUGGUAAACCCUACGGUGAUAGUACAGAGAUACCAGUGAUGUUUGACCUUGUGAGAACAACUUUUGGUCCUUAUGAGGACAAUAGAGUUUACAAUUAAAUGAUGUUGAAAAUGUCAAAUUGAAAAAGAGAAGUUUUCUGUAAUGUUUAGUUUAUAUGUAGGUUGAGGGGAUAGAAUAGACAGUUUGUACAGUACAGAAAUCAUUACAUCUAUGGAAAGUGCCCAUAAACCACGGAAACUCAAGAUGUGUGAUGUGUUUGGGCUGUGCAAUUAAUCAUAUUUCAGUGAUUACAGAAACAAAAUAAUCAAAUGUGAAACAAUUAUUGUGCUGCAUUCAGUUUUGCAAGAAUCCACAGCGGUGUAGCUUUUUUACAAAAAAAAAUUGCCUCAUUUUUUUAUUGAAUUCAAUUAAUUAAUUAAUUAAUAAAUAAUUUAGGUUGUUUUUAAUGUUUUUAAGUCACUAGGUUCAUGUUAAGUAAUGGUGAACUAAAUAUUGGCCUAAAUAACCGUGAUUAUGAUAUUUGUCACGAGUGAGCAGCCUUAUUGUGUGUGUGUGAGAGAGAGAGAGAACUAAGGAAACACUGUAUGUAUUAGUUAAAGAAAAAACUAAUAUUGAAAUAUUGAUUUUGAUCACGAUUUUAACAUUUUUCAUAAAUUAAAAGGGAAAGAGCAUGUUAUAAUCACUUUUGCUUUUUGCAGUUCCCCUAAAUAUUGUGUUGAGAAUGGUUUGACCGAUCUAAUUAGUACUUUCUUAUUGAUUAUAGAUACUACAUUUCCCUAAUGUGUACUUCUGCAGAUAUGUAUAUGCAUGCGUGCUGUGAACCUAAACUAAUUCUGCAUCAAAAAUGUUCAAUAGGAAAUCCUACCACAUUUACAUUUAUGCACUUGGCUGACUCUGUUAUCCAAAGCGACUUACAGUGCAUGCAGGCUUUGCAUUUGAUCACGAAGGCUCAUUUGCAUUUGCAUUUGAUACAAAAAAGCUCAAAUGGUAGUGAUAGAAAAAAAGCUGACUGAAUGACAUUGUAUAAUUUACACAUUGGGAUUUCUUAAAACCCAUUUGUUCAGAAGAAAAUAUGCAGCCUUUUAUUAUGAGUUCGUAACUGCACAUUUAUUCUACAGAAACAUGAUUACAGUAGUUCUACAUGAAUUAUAAUGUGAACUAAAUUGACUGAUCAUAUUUAAAAUAAAGAGAAACUGUUGUAAAAAUAAUCACACAACUUGUGUGAAUAUUUCAACAUGAGAAAGAAAGCAAACGAGAGCAUGCCAUCCAUGAAAUCAUUCCUCUUCCACCCGCUCUGUGAAUUUCAGUUAAUCUCACACUCGAUAAUAGACUGAAAGUCAUGUUAAUUUAAUCUGCCGUCUCUUUCUUCAUCUCUUUACCCCGUGCUGCAGGAUACCAGUGGUCAAUCUUUGAAGAGCCGACUGUUCCGAGCACGAUAAUCAUUUCCUGCGGGUAUAUCACAGACUUUGGUGUGAACACUUCUGAAUGUACAUACGAUGUAUAUACACGCAUAUGGAUUUCCUGAACUCUUUGGAUGCUCUGAUGAAGACAUUGGGUUCAUAACUGAAAACUACGAGAGACUUUGUGUUCCGACGUUUGCUGGUGUUCUUCUUUCUUCCACUGCUGUUUGUAUAGUAUUACAUUACUGAGCUUUCGAUGAGCCAUUUACAAGGGCUUGGGGAACGCUACUCAACCAUGAACACGAUCAUUAACUUCUUAUCUUCAAGUAAGCUGUGAUGUAUUUGGUCAUUAAUUUAGUAUCCAGUGUGACAUGCUCGCGGUAGCCUUUCUCAUGCAUACAAGGGCCCAAAGGUCACAUUCAUUCGCCUAGCUCUGCCUUUAUCGCACUGUGUGUAUCAUUUCUUUCGACCAAGCGCCUGCCGUUAUUUUGACGAGUUAAAUAUAGUUCACAUGCUCUGUUUUGUUUAAUACGGCUUUGCGUCACUUGGCAACAACGGACGGCUAUGACGUCAACCGAUAGAGAUCUCUAGAAGGACCUCUGCUGUGUUAACUUAUAAUUUACACUGAUGAUCAGUGGUUUUUGUAAUUAUGGUUCAACAUCUGUCGAGGUGUUCGUGAAACCUACGUAAUUCUAUUUAAAGUGUGUUAUGCUUAUCAAUGUUAGUCUUCGACAUUCUGGCCAUGUAUCUCUGCCUGGUUGCAUAGAAACACAACCUUGAUGGAGCAUUAACAAAAAAGACUUGGAGGAGAAUGGUUUGAAGAGGUAUUGGCAGUUUUAUAACAAUAAACAUUAUACAGCAUCUAAAUGUUAGUCUUCGACAUUGUGGCCAUAUAUCUCUGCCUGGUUGCGUAGAAACACAACCUUGAUGGAGCAUUAACAAAAGAGACUUGGAGGAAAAUGGGUUGAAGAGAUAUUAGCAGUUCUAUAAUCAUAAAUAUUAUACAGCAUUUAGGAAAAUUGCCGAUGUGAUUGAUGCCACUAUCAGGGAUUUUUGGAAGUUUUAUGCUGUUUAUGGAGAGCACACUCAACUGAACAUUUGUAUUGAGAUGAAAAGAAAGAUUGCAGUUCAGAUGAUAUAAAGCUGCAACUAAACCACCCCCAACUUAAGACAGCACCGCUUUGUUUCGAAUAUUGCUACCUAGUCGAGCAGCAUGAAUCGCUUUUUGCAUUUGUCAUUUAUUUUGGUUUUUCGCUGGGUAGAAGCCUUUAAGGAUUCAAUUUUCUUUAAUGAAACUCUGCUUUAGGCUACAUUUUUUUUUCACAGAACUCGCCCCCCUUUGUACUUGAAAGGAAGUGAAAAAUCUAAAGAACAACAAAUAUUCCUUCACCUGGGCUGUUGGAAUUAUCACAACAUCGGAUGUGCCAUUGAAGUUUCUAGAAAUAGAAGAUUAAAGUGUCUCUUUUUUAAAAUCAUGCACAAGAAGCUACAUCAUGUGAAAGAUGUAUAGAAAAGUUUUACAUCCUCCAUGUAGCACUGCCUUAAAUGUGAUUUGAUGUACUAUGGAAUUAAAAAAGCCAUCUCUGGUGUUUCAAAACAAUGAAUGUGUGUCUGUGUUAAUAAAAAACAGUAUAGGCAUAUUUA